UAUUGUUUCCCUCACUGUACUCAUCAGCCUCCACCCCCACUAUUGUCUAACACUAUCUACCACUACAACCAACAGCGUUGACAACACAACUCGACAACCUGUACCACCACAACUACCAUCUAACACCCUUGGACUGUCUCACAAAUUGGGUUGGGUGGACGUGGUACUUUGACCCGACCGGUCAGGCUACUUCAAGAAGUUCAUCCAUCCAUAGGCACUCCAUAGUCAACAUAGACAUGAUGCCUUUACCAGCCGGACAGGUUACUCCAGAGACUCAUCCUUCGUAAUUACUCCAGCAGGCCGGUCAGACAACUCCAGAGACCCAUCCUUCAAAAUUGCUCCAGCAGGCCGGUCAGACUACUCCAAAGACUCAUCCUUCCGUAAUUACUUCAGCAGGUCGGUCAGACUACUCCAGAGACCCAUCCUUCCGCAAUUACUCUAGAGACAAUGCACUAAGUAAGGGAUCUUCCGUAAUUACUCACGAGUCAAGGUAACGAACGGCUGCACAUUCAACAAUCAUGGCAAGAUCAAGGGAAAAGUCAAGAUGCUCAAACCUAAUCAGCGUAGUCUGCCUUCUUUGGUCAACCGACCAUGUACUGUGGCCCCAUGUGCUCCAAGUCGGUAAUUGGCAUGUCUAGGACAAGGAAGAGAAUCAAUUAAGAGAAGCAGAACCAAAAAAAACACUUCAAGGAGCAACUUACCACCAGCAAAGACUGACAGUAGCAAGGUUAGUAUAAAAGAAAUUUGAUUUAUUCAGCAGGUUGUAAUUUUUCUUAGUAAAAUCAUUAGAGAAUUAUAGAAGGAAAAGAGUACCAAGUGGUCUAUACUGAAAAUUUGUAACUUAUGCCAACCCCUAUGUAUCUUCUCCUGGUUGAAAAUGUGAGUUCUUUGCAAAGGGCAGAGUUUCAGCCAAAAUCCUUGCUUCAGAGAGCAAUUUGACAUAGCAGUAGCCAGAGGAGUUACAGAUAUCAAAAUAUUAGUUUUUUUCCGAUAGAGAGGAUUCAUUACCCGAACAACCACAUCACCGGUGGCCAAGCAUGGCACAAGAUGACAGGGACUACAUGGAAUGUCUACUUAGAAUUGACACUUCAAAUGGAUGGGAAGCCUCUGUGACUAGAGUUUUGGAAAGCUUUAAAGAUGUACGUUGUGAGAUUAAUCCAUCCCAUGGAUACAUUUUUGUGAAAGGCAAAGCAAAUCCUCAAUCAAUUUUGUUGAAAUUAAACAGGGGUAGGAAGCAUGCUACAAUUGAAUGGAUUAGUUAUGGUUUAAGAGAUCAAGAUCCAUAUCAACAGUUUCAAGACCCUGCAAAUUUCUACAAUUACAAUUUCAUGAGCCAUGAUCCAUAUUCUCAAUAUUCAAGAUAUCCCUAUGAUACUUCUUAUAAUCCAUACUCCUAUGACAUGGCACAAGGUGCUCUUCCCUAUGGAGAUAAUCAUGUUCAUGAAUAUGAUCCUAGCGGACACUGUGAAGGAAGAAACUCAGGUCAAUUGCAUAAUUCUCACUGUUCAGUGCAUUCACAGCAUCAUAAUACUCCAGAGAGCUCACAGAGUGGAGGAAUCUCUCAGAUGCGGAAUCGUUCACCGCCGUCGUUUGAUCCACAAGAAAAUAAUUCACAAGCAAACAACCAACCUGCACCUAAAAAAUCUGCUAUUAGAUCCAUUAAGAGAAUUAUUGGGAAAUGUUUGUGUUUCAUAAACUAAUAAGGCAUUGCAUACUUUGACUUGUUUAAUUAGGAUGUUGUUUAACUUUACAAGUAUGCCACUUUUACUCUUACAGUGAGUUUUAUUUGGUGGUUACAUUUAAUUUUCAUGUUUCGGUUUAGGAUUGUGACUUGUGA